AAACGCUUUCUGUUUUGGGUGCAUGCCAGAGGUCCGGAGAGGGGAGGGGAACCGUCUAGUUUCCGGUUUUGGGCUGGAAUUGACACACAAUGAGGAGUCGGGAGCAGCCGCUCAAAAGCCUUCUGUAAAUAAACAGGACCUUCAUCAGGCCGGUGAACUAUGGAGAAUCAGUGCACGGUUCAGGUAAAGCUUGAGUUGGGUCACCGGGCCCAGCUGAGGAAGAAGGUGACAUCAGAGGGCUUCACUCAUGACUGGAUGGUGUUUGUGCGAGGCCCCGAGAACAGCGACAUUCAGCACUUUGUGGAUAAAGUCGUCUUCCGGCUGCACGAGAGCUUUCCUAAACCCAAGAGAGUGUGUAAGGAGCCCCCAUACAAGGUUGAGGAGUCUGGUUAUGCUGGCUUUCUGAUGCCCAUAGAGGUCUAUUUCAAAAACAAGGAGGAGCCAAAGAAGGUGUGCUUCAAUUACGACCUCUUUCUCAACCUGGAGGGCAACCCGCCUGUCAAUCAUCUACGCUGUGAGAAACUCACCUUUAAUAACCCCACUCGUGACUUCCGUCGCAAGCUGGUCAAGGCUGGAGGGAUCAUGGUGGUCCCAGAGGGAUCAGAAGUGCUCCCGAGACCCAGCCCAGAUUACCCCAUGCUUCCAACUAUCCCACUUUCUGCCUUUUCUGACCCUAAGAAGAGCAAGACCUCACAAGGAUCAAAGGAGCCCAGUAAAGAGGGAAGCAAAGUGUCCAAAUCCCACAAAAUGGCCAAGGAGCAUCGAGAGCGGCCACGAAAAGACUCUGAGAGCAAGGCCACAUCUAAAGGGGACGGUGACCGGGAUGGCGGCAGCAAAAGUAGCCGCGACCCUUCGUCAUCUUCAUCCUCCUCAUCCAAGAAAACAGAGAUCAAAGUGAAAGACGAGAACAAAGUCCUGCCCAAAGCUGCUUUCAAGGAGCCCAAACUCACACUGAAGGAGUCCAAAAUGGAAGGCAUGUCUCCUAAAGGAGGGGGGGCAGUGUCGGCGGGUGGUGGAGGGGGAGGUGGAGCGGCCGAUGGAAAAGCACCUAGCAAACGACCUUCCAAUGCGGAGUCACCCAAACCUAGUGUCAAGAAGCCAAAGAAGGGGGGUUCAGAGGGGUCAAAAGGCUCCAGCGGUGGGGGAUUCACCGGCACCUCCCCCCGGACCGCGUCUUCCUCCACAGCCUCCUCGGGUUAUGUGGAUAAGAAGGCCUCUAAAGAGAAGGGACGCUGGGCCAAGGGCAAGUCAGAGACCCAGGAGGUCAAGGAGUCCAAGAAGCCUCCGGAAUCCGAUGACUCCAACUCGGAUGAAGAGGCCUCGUCUAAAUCUGAGUCAGCACCUUCCAGCCCAUCUAAUUCCAGCUCCAGCUCAGAGUCCAGCUCCGACUCAGACUUUGAGCCACAACAGAAACAAGGCCAAGGCCCGCUGCGCUCUAUGGUGGAGGACCUCCAGUCGGAGGAGUCUGAUGAUGACGAUAGCAGCUCAGACGAAGAGACGCCAGUCAAGAACAACCUGCCCAGUCGAGACUCCAGACUGAGCUUAGACAGCGAGAGUGACUGCAGUGACGGGCCGCAGCGUCCCGGUCGAGACCCACCCCCUCAGCCACAGAAACACAGCUCCACCAACAACAAGGUGUCAGGCAGAAAGAGUCCUGACCCUUGUUUACGUCAAGAAAAGGUCCUGAAGAAGGGAUACGACAAGGUAGGAAGGGCGUACACUGAAGAGCUGGUAGACCUUCAUCGCAGGUUAAUGGCAUUAAGAGAGCGUAACGUUCUACAGCAGAUUGUGAACCUCAUCGAGGAGACCGGCCACUUUAAUGUCACCAACACAACUUUUGACUUUGACCUUUUCUCAUUGGAUGAGUCAACUGUCCGUAAACUACAGAGCUACCUGGAGGCCACCGCCACAUGACAGGAAGUCCAUCAAGGCUGGGGGGAGGGGGGAGGCUGCCCUUUUUCACUUCUAUUGUCCUGAGAGAGGGCUGCAAAAAGGUGAAAGUCUGUUCACAGGAAAUGAAAAGAGUGGGGAAACAAAUCAUGAAAAGGAGUGAAUCAUACAGUAUUUUGAGGAGGAAGUGCAGCUAUGUGGCGUCUCGACUGUAAACCAACACUACAACACUUCUUCUCUCCUCCUCAAUAUCCUGUUGGACAGGAAGAUCUCUUCUUAACGGGGCCAGGACUGCUAGAAGGUCAUAAUCGAAUCAGCUGGAAAGAAAAAGUCUCUCUGUAGCCAUACGCACUGAUGCAUCAAGGGUUGCAACCUUUUAUAUUUUAUUUUUGUACCAAUGUUUUUCAAGGUAUUUUUGAUCGAUUGUGGUCGGAAAAGGAAGCCCCACACGCCAUGAAUGUAUCGCUUUUUAUCCUCUAGGGCUAGUCUUAGUGCCUUUUUCACACCAUCUCAUUUGUGCUCUUAGCAAUUGCAGCAGUGUUAUCUUUCACUCCGACUUUAGUCAAUCCUUCUGUGUAUGUGGGAUACCUGGAUAUCGUCCCAGGGAGAUUCCGAUAUGUAUGCCAAUAUGCAUCAAUCCUCAUUUAGGUGUUCGCCAAACGGGCCUUAGAACUUAAAUGUUGUGCAUUGCUAGUGCAGCUUGUGAAAGUAUUUGGAAAUCUGUGUUGAUCUCUGUGUGUUUCUGUCAUCAUAUCUGGUUUAUUCAUUAGAUUAAGCAGGAGAGACAAAAGAAAAGGACAAGACGAGCUGUUUUUCUCUCAGUGGCCCCUGCCGGAACAGCAGUCUGUAGAUUCACUGUGCUUCUGACUCCGACUCUCUCUCUCUCUCUCUCUCUCUCUCUCUCUCUCUCUCUCUCUCUCUCUCUCUCUCUCUCUCUCUCUCUCUCUCUCUCUCUCUCUCUCUCUCUCUCUCUCAGAGCGACUACAUCUCGGCUUCACUCGACUUCGCCUCUGUGUGUCCAUUCUUAUGCUAAUAGCUUUAAGAGGCUCCAUGGCCUGAGCUGCAGACCACAUGCCCUUAACUUCACCCUGCGAGAGUCUGGGAGUGUCGUUUGCAUGGGUUUUGAAUCUUCAAAUGAUUCGUCUGAAUCUUAGCGAACAAAAACGUUUAUAGCCUUGAAGCGAUUAGGGAUGUUUGUGCGUUUUUCAGCAAGAGAAUGAUUGAGUGUCAUGUGCGUGAACUUUUAACUCCCAGCUCUUGGUUUGUGAACUUUAACCUUUGACCGGAUACUGGUUCGGGUCAGCCUGUCAUAAAGGGGUGGAGCAAGAGGCAAAGGGGUGGAGUUAGGUGAACUUGAGUGGCAGCUCUGAAAAGACAUCCCACCAAGAACACCCUUUUUUUUUUUUUUUUUUUUUUUUUUUAUAUAUAUAUUUGAGGGGGUUAUUUUUUUUUAUUAUUUAUGUACCUCUGCACUUUUGGCUUUGUUGACUCAAGUACUUAAUUGUCUAAACUGUAUUUUUAAGAAUUUUAUACAAUAUUUACAUGCAAUAUGAUAUUAAUUUGUCAAUUGUUUUGUGUCAAGAAUUGCCAGUUUUUUAAGGAUUUUUUAGUUGUUGUUUUUUUUUCUCCUCUGUAUCAGCACAUAAAAUCAUGAUAGACUGUAAACGUGUCCAUGAGAACUUGAAACUGUUACUUCAGGCCAAUAUAUGAGUCCAUGGCAGGGUAUGUUUGCAUAUCAGUUGAAUUUCUACUAGCAUCUGUUGUAGCCUCGUUAUUAUCCACUACAAGGGGAGGACUGCGUAUUUGUGAAACGAACAAGUGUUUGUGAGUUUGUUAAUGUAUGUGAUUUAAACCAUGCUGAAAAAAAGUCUUAAGCUAGUUUGCUGGUCUUAGAGGGGUUUUGGGCACUUGUUAGCCAAUUCAUCCAUCUAAGACCAGCUAGUUUAAGGUUUUUUGGUUUUGUUUUUUUGGGGGGUUUUUUUCCAGAAGGAAAGUGAAGAACCUCUGUAUUUUGUACAUGGGAUGCAGCAAAGUAACAACACUAAUGGAGGGGCAUAUAUUUCAACCAUAUUACAUAAAUACUUAUGUAUAGUAGACAGUCGGAAUCUUAUCUAAAGGAGCUGAAGGAAACAUUAAUCGACGGUUAAUACGGCAUCAUUUUCCCAUACUUCGUUUGCAGGUGCAGAGAGCUGUCUUUUGUCAGUCAGUGGUGGUUUUAUUUGUGUUUGUGAGCGCGGAAGGACUUACUGUAUUUAUCCGUGGGGUUUGGGGAGGUCUGGGUUUUUACAUAUGUUUUGAUAACGUGGUAGAAAACCUUCCUUGAUCUGAACAGAAGAGUAACCUUUAGUAUGACGUGUUAAACUUGGCAUACAAUGCCACCAUGUGGUCAUAUGAUGCAAGUUGUAAUAAGGGCAAAAGAUGUUACUUUUUAUGUUUUUAUUGCAAAAUCAUAUUAUGAAUAAAGUCAUUUGAGUACUGUU